AUGACUAAAGGCGAACCGAAUGAGCUCACCAGUGACCAUUUCUCCAUCCAGGGUCUUCACUUCAGGGAAGUGCUUCAGCACCAUCGGCCGAACACUCUUACGGGUGAAUCCCUGACCGGAAAUCCACAGCUGUUGCAAGGUGGCUCCAACCUGACAGAAAACUAUCUUCUGGAGCUCCAACGAACUGUGGGGGAAUACUUCAACUGA